AAAAAGUUAUCUUAUGUCAACGCAAACAAAACUAUGUCAAAUUUGUUGUAAAUUUCGUGUAACAAAACAUACAAAAUCAGACCAAAUUUAAUGUGCAGAAACCCAUGUGCCCCUUUUAUUUUCAUUUUAAGUGAACCUGCUUCAUGAUGGCUGAAAAGUCUCCUGAUGUGCAGGCCAGCGAGCCCAGUACUCCGCAAGUGGAACAGCCGUCGGGCAACUGGUGGGACUCCUGGAUCAGUUCGGCCAAGACCAAGUCAGCGGAGGUGUACUCCAUGGUCAAAAAGGACCUGGACGAGAUUGGCUCCGCGGUGAAGAGCGAAGCUAGCCAUGUCUUUAGCACAACUUCUACGGCACUCGGGAAGACUCUUAAGUUGGAUGAACCAGAGUCACCAGCAAAUGUGAUGAAGAAAAGUCUUAGCACUUUUAUUGGACAAGUGAGCACAGUCUUGAACCCUGAGCCGGACGAUGAAGAUGACACGGAGGUCAUCUUGUCUUCCGGAGACACCACCAUGCUGUCCACAUACAAGAAAGAACUAGAAGCCCUCCAACGCGUAGAUGCGACGUACCUCGUCCCAGCCUCGAGCCCCGAGCUGGACGCGUGGCGUGCCUCCCUCGAGUCAGGCGCAGAACUCAUCUCGCCCGCCUCGGCCGCCAAGCGCCUCUCCGCGUCUCCGCUGCUGCGCGCUAUGUAUGACAAGCUUGUGCCUGAUGCUGUGUCUCAUGAAGAUUUCUGGGAGAGGUACCUGUUCCGCGUGGCGCUGCUGCAGGACCGCCUGGCGGCGGACGCGCGCCGCCUGCCCGCCGCCGACACGGACCCCGUGCUGGCGCACCUGCCCCGGCAACACGCCGAGCCCAUACAACAAAGCCCCAAAAAAGUACUAUCUGGAGUGGAAACUGAAGUAGAAGAGGAACCGAGCGAGCAAAGCGAGCCGACCGAGCUGACUGAGCCUUUGGUACUAGCCGACACUGUGGCUUGGGAGGACGAAGACUUCGCGAAUGACGUGGAACUGACCGAAGAACAACAAACGCUACUUCUAGAAGAAUACGAGAAGGAAAUAUCCAGCAAGAAGACGAAACAGACAUCAUCCCGCGACUUGGCCAACAACAACAUCAAAAACAAGAACACUGGCAACAACAAACAGAGAAAUCAAAAUGGCGGCAAGAAAAAUGUCAAGAAAGGUAAAUCUGACGUUUGUGGUAACGAUUUGGUUGAAGAUUAUUUUGCAGAGAAGGAGGUUAAAGACGAUGCUAGCGCCAAUUCUGAUGAGAGUUGGGAAAAAUUUGACAUUGAUGAGGAAAAAGCAUAAAUCCGGCCAUAACCGUAGAGUAUAAAUAUCUUGUGAGGGAUUUGCCUUGUAAGACAUGGUUUUGUAAGAGUAACUCUCAAAUAAAUUUGAAGAGAUGCCCUUUGACUUACGCAUUGCGCCAUUCUUUAUAAAAUCGAAAUACACCAGUGGUUCUUAGCGUAGCCUUAUCGGAAAAAUCAAAGAAUCAACAAAAAUCUUUAUUAUUUUUAAACUUGCUUUCAAAAUUUCGUAAGAUUUGUUUUUAAACACGAGUUUCUUACUAUUGUCCGACCAUUCCAACCAGCUGUAUGUAAAAUUUUAACUUAUUGACCAGCAGAAACGUGUGCAAUCGAUGCUACAAAAGUACUACUUUGAGUGCGACUUGAACUCACGACUUCUGGAUCCAGAGACCGUGAGUUCAAGUCCAGACAAGUUGCAGUCUAUAUUUGCCUCUAAAUUACAUGUAAUGAAGCAAGAAUUACUUAUUUGGGUGAAUCAAGUUUUUCUUGCCUGUUAUUGUCAUGGUUACGGUCCCCUGAGUCACGCUGGUUUUAUGCAACAUUAUGCUGCUUAAACCAGCGUGACUCAGGGGACCGUAACCAUGGCAAUAACAGGCAAGAAAAAGUUGAUUCACCCAUUUCCAAAAUCCUCUUUCCCUGAUGCAUUUAUGUAAUUUAUUCGAUUUCUAUAUGUAGUGUUAUUCGAUUGUAAUGGAUUGAAAAUUCUUUGUUUAGGCAGUAGCUUGUUUCUAACAAGUAGCUACAGUCUGGCAAAAAAGAGUAGAAUAAUAGUGGCGCCACCGUCUAUGCAAA